AUGAGGGCCACCGACUGGUGCCUGAGCUCCGCGGGGGCUGCCGUCGUCCUGGCCACCUCCAGUGACGAGCAGCACCCUGCCGAGAACAUGGCGGACGGAAGUUCAGAAACGUUUUGGACAACGACAGGCAUGUUCCCCCAAGAAUUUAUUAUUGGUUUUCCUGAGUGUGUAGCAAUCAGCAAAGUGGCAAUCCAGUGUUACUUGGUGCGGACCUUAAGAAUUGAAAGAAGUGUAUCCAAAGACCCAGUAGAUUUUGAGCAGUGCAUUGAAAAAGAUUUGCAACACACAGAAGGACAGCUCCAAAUGGAAGAAUUUCCACUUCCUGAUUCCCAAGCCACUUACUUGCGUUUCAUCAUCAAAUCUGGCUUUGAUCAUUUUGUGUCGGUGCACCAGGUGAUGGCAGAGGGCACAGCAGGCACCACUUAAAUCCAGCUUCAAUUUGUAU